CAGUGCAGAGAAAGUGGUUGCGCUCGACUUCAACAACACGCGAAGCGCGCUCACCGACUUUCCAUCAGUUCAACUAUUGGGCGGACACAGUAGGCUGAAUUUCCCGCUUUGUCUCAACAUCGUCCAUACUUCGCUGAUUCCCAUCCCAGCAGACUAUAGCGGUUUCACCAAAAUCAGAUGGCUGUGUUUUGGAUCUGUGUGACCCAAGCCUGGGUCCUGGCUAUGCUGCUUGUGUCUCACACUGGGGAGUCUGAAGCUAUGCUAUCCUACCCUGGCCGUGCCACCCCUCUUCCAGGCGCCCAGCUGAGACCACACCAGGGGAGGCAUGUAGUCAGGCAUAAGGGCCGGAUCGGUGUCGUAGACCACCUCCGCAAAUUUCCUCUCCUGGCAGUAGGCUGGCCAGAAGAUGAUGGACAGGUGUUCAAGGGCCAACAUUCUGUCCAAUUAGAGAAGAGGAGCAGCACAGAUGAGAACGGCAGUGACAUCAUAGAGAUGGGGAAGAUAACCAACCCCAUAAAGACUAUGGAGACAUGCCAACACCAUCUAGACUGCCUUCCUGGUAACUGCUGUGACCUGAGACAGCAGAAAUGCAGACCUCACAACCGUGGCCUCAACAACAAGUGCUAUGAUGACUGCAUGUGUGAAGAAGGACUCCGCUGUUAUGGCAGACCCCACCCUCACCGUGGAGUGAGCCAUCGGAGGGGACGUUGUGUGGAGACAGACUCUGGAAACAGGAAAAGUGGUGCUUUCAUCAAAAUAUGAAACGUGGAGAUGACACCACAGGACUAGCACUCAUCCUCAGUUCAGUCUGACACAUAUUUUGCAUACUGAACAUAUCGUUUGAAUAAAUCCGUCAUUGUUAUGAAGUCUUUUUUGUGUAUUGUUGAAGAUCAAAUGUAUGCAGGUGGAAGUCAAUUGUCCAUAAAGUAGUAGGCAAGGAUUUUCCACAUUGUGGUUCUACUCACGUCUUUCGGAUGGUGUCUGUGAGGGAAGCAGAUUCUCUCACCAGGUUCUUAAAAAGACAAACAUCAAAGCACCACACUGAAAUCUGACUGUACAUUCAUGUAAUUUACAUUCAGUUAAUGUAAAUGAGGCUAAUCCUGCAUCAAGGAAGAACAACUUGUUUUCAAAAUGCUGUAUGAGUGGAAGAAAACUAAUUAAGUGUGAAUUAUGAUCACCUUUAGGUAAUUGUUGGAUUAGUCGUUUUAAGAGGAUGGCUAUGUAGCUUAAUGUAUCAAACUCUGUGAAUAGAAAUUGUUUCAUAUAUUUCUCCAGUUUUCAUGGACAUAGUAAACCUUGUGUCUCCAUGCCUUUCCACUACCAACAGUCAUGUUUAUGAGUUUAUUUAUGUGUAAAAGUGUUUUGAGAAUUGAAUCCAAUUUGAAAACAUUGUUUGUAAUGUUGUUUAUUGAAUACCAGUGUUUUGCGAUUAUACUGUAAAGUCCCCCUCUGAUAUAAUACAAAACAAAGAACAUUGAAAGCAAUAAAACAAAAAAGAGGACUAUGAGGACUAACUAGAGUGAUGUCUCCAUAUUCUGCUCCAUUGUCCAACAUCAAAGGAAAAAAAGCUGGUGUAUGGGGACUACUUAAACCCUUUCUGAUUAUUGGGGAUUACAUACAGUUUGCCUGGAGACACAACUCUUAAUCACACCCCACCAGCCAUGGGAGGAUCCAGUAUAAUGUCACCAGCAGUAGCUACUAAAAAAAUCUAGAGUGGAUUAGCCUUUUAUCCGUUAAAUGUGUCUAUGUGGAAAUAGAAUGAAUCUUGUUUACAAGAGAAAAGCAGACAUUGAUGACAUGCUAUAAAUGUGUGAAAAAUGCAGAACUGUGUACAUUUUGUUUGUUAUAUGACCCUAUAGUCCAUGAACAUGUACUUUUUAAAGGAUAUAUUGAAAUCCUACAGAGGUUGUGGAGGCACCGGUGCCGCAGGCUCUCUCUCCCUCCACAGCUAUCCUCCUGAGUGCAAUGCUGACACUAACUAAUGCAGUGAGUUAGGAAUGUAGGACAGACUGGAGAACAGGGAAAAGGUAAAGGGGAGAGGGGUGAGAUCCAAGGACAUUCCUUUGUGAAGGAAUACACAUUUAUGUAGCUUACU